GCCACCGCCGCCACCUAGCCCGACGCGCCGCAGCUCGCCGCGGCCGGGGGGCGGUGCGCGGACCGUGCGCGCCGGGGGCGCCAGAUGUGGAGUCCCCGCCGCCGCCUGUGACCCGCCGCAGCCCGAGCGGCAUCGGGCCGCCUCCUCAAUGCUGCGGGGGCGACACUGAGCGCACCCCGGCUUCCCUAGGCGGGGACCCCGACACCCCGAGGACUGUGCCCGGUCCUGUCGUCUGCAGCCCGGCUCUCCCGGUGUUUGGACAUGGAAGGAGCCGCUGCGCCCGCGGCGGGGGACGGCCCCGAUUUGGGGCCGGGGGCGCCGGGCUCUCCCCGGGAGGCGGGGGUGGGGGCGACUGCAGCCCCCGCAGCGGCGGCGGCCCCGGAGCCCAGGAAGCCGCACGGGGUGAAGCGGCAUCACCACAAACACAACUUGAAGCACCGCUACGAGCUGCAGGAGACCCUGGGCAAAGGCACCUAUGGCAAAGUCAAGAGGGCCACUGAGAGGUUUUCGGGCCGAGUGGUUGCUAUAAAAUCCAUUCGUAAGGACAAAAUUAAGGAUGAACAAGACAUGGUUCACAUCAGACGAGAGAUUGAGAUCAUGUCAUCCCUCAACCAUCCUCAUAUCAUCAGUAUUUAUGAAGUGUUCGAGAACAAAGAUAAGAUUGUGAUCAUCAUGGAGUACGCGAGCAAAGGGGAGCUGUACGACUACAUCAGCGAGCGCAGACGCCUCAGCGAGCGGGAGACCAGACACUUCUUCCGGCAGAUCGUCUCCGCCGUGCACUACUGCCACAAGAACAGUGUGGUCCAUCGGGACUUGAAGCUGGAAAAUAUACUGCUCGAUGACAACUGCAAUAUUAAGAUUGCUGACUUUGGGCUGUCCAACCUGUACCAGAAGGACAAGUUCUUGCAGACGUUUUGCGGGAGCCCACUCUAUGCAUCUCCUGAGAUCGUCAAUGGGAGACCUUACCGUGGGCCAGAGGUGGACAGCUGGGCCCUGGGCGUGUUGCUUUACACUCUCGUUUACGGAACGAUGCCCUUCGAUGGUUUCGAUCACAAAAACCUCAUUCGGCAGAUCAGCAGCGGAGAGUACCGGGAGCCCACGCAGCCCUCAGAUGCUCGAGGACUCAUUCGGUGGAUGCUGAUGGUGAACCCUGAUCGCCGGGCCACCGUUGAGGACAUCGCCAACCACUGGUGGGUGAACUGGGGCUACAAGAGUAGCGUCUGUGACUGUGACGCCCUCCACGACUCCGAGUCCCCACUCCUGGCUCGGAUCAUCGACUGGCACCACCGUUCCACGGGGCUGCAGGCUGAGGCCGAAGCCAAAAUGAAGGGUCUGGCCAAACCCGGGGCCUCUGAGGUCAUGCUGGAGCGGCAGCGGUCGCUGAAGAAGUCCAAGAAGGAGAACGACUUUGCCCAGUCCAGCCAGGACUCGGUGCCCGAAAGCCCGUCCAAGGUGGGCUCCAAGAGGCCCAAGGGCAUCCUGAAGAAGCGAAGCAACAGCGAGCAUCGCUCCCACAGCACCGGCUUCAUCGAAGGCGUCGUCGGGCCUGCCCUACCCGCUGCGUUCAAGCUGGAGCAGGACUUGUGCCGGACUGGCGUUCCCCUCCCAAGCUCCCCCGAGGCAGAGGUGCCGGGGAAACUCAGCCCCAAACAGUCGGCCACGAUGCCCAAGAAGGGCAUCUUGAAAAAGACCCAGCAGAGAGAAUCGGGUUACUACUCGUCCCCGGAGCGCAGCGAGUCCUCGGAGCUGUUGGACGGUAACGACGUGAUGGGCAGCGGCCUCCCUUCUCCCAGCCCCCCGGACCCAGCCAGGGUGGCUUCCCACGGCCUCUCCUGCCGGAGGAAGGGCAUCCUCAAACACAGCAGCAAGUACUCAGUGGGCGCCACGGACCCGGCCCUCGUCAGCCCCGAAAUGCCCACACUGGAAUCCUUGUCAGAGCCCGGCGUCCCCGCCGAGGGCCUCUCCCGGAGCUACAGCCGUCCUUCCAGCGUCAUCAGCGACGACAGCGUCCUGUCCAGCGACUCUUUCGACUUGCUGGAUAUGCAGGAGAACCGUCCUGCCCGCCAGCGCAUCCGCAGCUGCGUCUCCGCCGAAAACUUCCUCCAGAUCCAGGACUUUGAGGGGCUCCAGAACCGGCCCCGGCCCCAGUACCUGAAGCGGUACCGGAACCGGCUGGCAGACAGCAGCUUCUCCCUCCUCACGGACAUGGAUGACGUGACUCAGGUCUACAAGCAAGCGCUGGAGAUCUGCAGCAAGCUCAACUAGCAUGCCAGGGUGCAGCGGGCAGCGGGGGGUACCGGGGAGGAAGGGGAGCAAGACUGGGCUCACAGGCUGGUUACUUCUUUGCUGGCUGUGAUAAUAGACUGAAAAAGGAUUGGCACCAUCUCACUUGCAGCCUUGAGCCAGCGCCGAACAGGGAGAAGAGGGCCCUCUGCCAGUUCAACCCACUGCCAGUCAGAAUUUGGAUCCUAAUUGGCAUUUGCCUUAUGGCACCUCCUAAAGGAGCAGCUGUCCAGGGAAGGUGGUGUUGACCAGCACCUGGUGGUGAGGAAGCAUACGGGGGAGAGAGCAUUUCCCUAGACAUCCUCCAGAUGCUUCUGGAGGAGGGGCAGGAGAGACUGGGGCCAUCUGCUUUGGGGUUGCCCAAAGAGCUUGCUCCUUUUCUCUUCAUGUUAACAAGCUUGGUCUGACUGCAUGGGCUGACAAGGAGAUUUUAGCAACCUGAGCUUGAAUCGAUGAUCAAUUGAUAGUGGCUGGCGGUUGUGUGGGUUUGAGUAGCCCAGGGUCCUCGGGAAGGAGUGCUGUGAUUGACUAGCAAUGGCUGCCAUGGGAAUGGGAAGGGAGGCAGUAGCACUAAUGCCAUGUACUUGUCAUCGUUGACCUGGCUAAGCCCUGGGAAGUAGGUUAAAGCAUCCUGUGGGAUCUGUGUUAACUCUUUCGUGCCACUGGUGAGGCAUUUCUUAAUUUGUUACUCCACCUUGAAUGGAAGGCAGGGCAUUGGUCAGAGAGAGAAUGCUCUGAAAUCUGCUAAGGACAUAGAGUCAGGCAUGGGGAUUUUUCGACGCCUUGCUGUUUGUCUCCUCCUUCCUGAUGACUGCCUUGCUCUUCAUCACAACCUGUCCAGGGUGGACGGGGAAGAGUUGAUGGUGUCAGAGGUCAAAACUAUUGUCUGUGAUAGAACACAAGACCCUCCGUGGUCUUUGCACAGAUGAAUGGAAGUUGGUGUCUUUAGUGUCUCAAUAUUAACUGGAAUGCUCCCUCUUGGGUUCUCACCUGCAUAAAUGGCUUUGGAUUGGAUGUGACACUGUCCACAGUCUCCAAAGGAUUGCCUAACUCAACCAUUGCCCUGUUCACUAAUAGCAAAUGGUUUCUCUGUCCACCUAGUGUAGAAUCCUCAAAGGUGGACAGGUUGCUUCUUGGGAGUUAGUGUGUAGGCGGGAUAUUAGGAUGAGGAAAGGGAAGUCAAAGAGAAGGUGCUCCCCCACCUCCCCUAAUCCAGGAUUCUGUGUUAUGGUUUUGAACUUUGACAUGAACUCGUGGGCUUUGGGGAAAAGGAAAGUCCCAUUCAUUUAAAUGAAUAAGGUGUGGAAAGAGUAGAGUGGGUUGGGAUGAAGCAUAUGGGAGAGGGAACAUUUCCUUAGAAUUCAUCCAGAUGGUUUUGGAGGAGGUGGAAAAGAGGUGUGGCAGGAUUCUUAUCUUAAGUAAAAAAAAACUAGGUAUGUAAUUUCUAAAUACCCAGAUUACAGGUGACAAGAUGUCAUCCCCACAGUGGGACACCUUCAGGAGACUAGGCUUGGAAUCACUGGUCUCGUUGGGAUGGUUCAGAUUCCAAUGGCCUAGGCAAAUUGAAAUGCUUAUUUCAAAGUGGCAACCUCUGAGAGCCACAUAGAUAGAUAGACGAAUGGUCUUGGGGUUAUCUUUGGAAAAACCAACCAACAGUAGUUCCUAGGGAGAUGAGAAAGGAAGGAUUCACCUUGCAGCACUAAGAAUGUUAACUGAAUGAUAUCGCCCUCUCCUUAAGGAGGCAGCUCUGUUUCUGCCCUUGACACCGGCGCUGGUGUUUUGGCUUGUGCAUUCCUUCAGGUUGAGCUGAGCAGUGUAUUAUGGGAAGCUGCUCAGCUUCCUUUCAUUCAAUUCCACCUCCUUCCUGAACUCCACUAGAGGUUAAAAGGGAAAAAAAUAAAAUAAAAUCUGUAGAUAGCAAACUGUGUGUAAGGGGUGUGGGUGCAUGGAGGGCAGCCUGCAAGCUCUGAGCUCCCUACCCCUUGCCUCAUUUUAUGCAAUCUUUCCUGAACAGCCUAUACUGCCACGCUGCUGGCCCCUCAUGUGUGGCAGCUGGCCACGUCAGUAGCUGUCAGUCUGACUUAGGUCCAACACCUGCCUACUGGUUGAUGUGUUCUUUCCUUUUGCCAGUGACUGAGUCUGUUUAGUAUUUUCCAUUAUUCUAAUUGUUAGGAAAACAUGAUACUAUUAAGGAAAAUCAUUCUACUUCCUUCUCCCUGCCCCCAAACACUUGUAUGUUCUCUUUUGUCAAUUAACUUAGACAGUGGAUUGUGGCAGAGAAAGUCCUCCCCUCAGAGACAGAGGCUGAGUUAAGUCUCAGGUGGCCUUUGGCACCUGCAUUGUUUGGGAGCCUUCAGUGAGGCAUGGAGGGGUGGAUCAGCUGGUCUCUGAGGCCCUGCUCAGUUCUGACACUCUGCUGACAUCCUCUGCUUCUAGAUGUGAUGUUGACUGUCCUUUCAAGGAAAAACUUGCAAUAGAGGGAAAAGCCCUGAAAGCAGCUCCCCUGCUUCAUAAUUAAGUCCUAUCAUCCCUACCGGCCAAUCCCAGUUAUCUGCUUCCAUGGAAUUACAAGUGAGAGACACUUGUAUGGCCUGGUGGACAAAGCAGGAGAUUCGACGUCAGCUGGUCCUCUUCCUUGCUUCGGUGGGCCUUUCUGCGUCUUAGUUUACACAUCUGCCAAAGGGGUAGAAUUAUACUUCUUUUUACAGGUGAAUUUCAAGGCACGAUCAGUUUUCAGGAAGUGCUUCAAGACCCCAGGCGAAAUGACAAUGCUAAGUACCCUCUGAAUUUCCAUCCCUGUUACCAGGUGCUGCUUCUUCAGAUGAUGGGGGGGGCACUUUUCAGGGUGAAAUUCAGGCAAAUUUUGCCCAGGCCUGCUGUCUUGAGUACAAAUGUGAAUGAUCGACUGACUGCUUGUUGCCAAACUGGAAAUGUUCUGUAGGGAUUUACUGGCAUGGUAUCAUUCCUAGAAGAAAAAAAAAAAAGAAAGAGAAACUUGACUGCACAUUGUUUUUUUUUUUUUUUUUUUUUUUAAAUCCGUGUUGUGACUUUUAUUUAAUUUCUAUUUUUUGUUUUUGGUAAUACAAAGUUGACUUUUUUAUUUGAAUUUGUCUUUUUUUAUUUAUUGGUCUGAAAGGCAUUUCAAAGGUAUUAUAAUAAUAUAUUGGUGUAAUUUAAUUGGUGCAACAUGCUUUAUGGCUCCAGUCAAAAUUGAUUUUCACUCAUUUGAUUGGUUUGAGCCCAGAACAGCCUACAGGGAAAAAAAAAGCUGGAUAACCACCCAAAGUGUUUGUAUUUUCAUUGGAAACUGAUUUUUGUUUUCAUUUUGGUUUUUGUUUCUGUUUUUAUUUUUAAAUUAAAUAAAUUGCAAUGAACUGA